AAUAAUCUCUACCCUGCCAGCCUGCGUGGCGGUUACCCAGGUGGGCACAACGUGCCCGGCGCCCAUCAGUUUUCCCAUCAAGUCGGGGCGCUAAGUCACCAAACGUCGGGACCAGGCAGCGGGAACCAGCAACACGCGGAUGCAGGAUUCCCCAGUCCCAGGUCGCUGGCCGGAUAUCCGUUCGCGCCCAUGCACCAGCACAACACCUAUGGAUAUCACCUGGGAUCGUACGCGCCCCAGUGCCCCUCGCCGCCCAAGGACGGGUGGUGCAUGUUCGCAGACCUCUCGCCAUUGGGUGACAAGGGUGGCAGUCUGGUCGACGAGCUUGGAGGUGGUGGCGGCGGUUCCUUGAGGAACGGUAAAGGGAAGAAGAUGAGGAAACCACGGACGAUUUACAGCAGCCUUCAGUUGCAACAGCUCAACAGGCGGUUCCAGAGAACGCAAUACCUCGCGUUACCGGAAAGAGCGGAGCUUGCGGCGAGUCUUGGAUUAACGCAAACGCAGGUGAAAAUCUGGUUCCAGAAUAGAAGAAGUAAGUACAAGAAGAUGAUGAAGGCGGCGCAGCAGGGCGGCGGUGGUGGCGGAGGGCAGCACGGUAGCCUCCUGGCCGGUGGAACCGCACUACCAGGGGGGCCAUCCCCUCAACCGGGUCAACCCGGAAGUCUCAUGCAAGGAGGAGGCGGAAGUUCGGUGUCGGGCAGUCCGACGACAGGCUACCUCGGCGGCAUGGGAGGCGGCGCGGGGGGUCACACCCCCGGCAGUUCGAGCCCCGGAAGCGAGAUGUCGCCUCAGCACAACGAGAGCCCGCCCGCACCCUCUUGGCCGGGCGAGAUGAAGCACCAUCCGCAUCCGCACGCGCCACCGCACACCCACCACCACCCCCACACGCCUGGCCACCAUCCACCCCCGCCGCCGCCGCCGCCGCACCACGCGGGCUACAUGCCACAGUACUCGUGGUACCAAGCGGAUCCUAAUCCCGGACUACUCACGGUGUGGCCGGCGGUUUAACGAAGAUGUCCUUCGAGCUGUGUUCAGGAGGAACUGUUUCUUCGUAGCGCCGCGGACGUGGCAGCGCCCCUGCCCCAAAGUGCGAAUACGUACACCACCUGUCGGGAUGGAAUUCACGUUCGAUGUUAAUAAAAAAAAAAAAAAGAAACGUUUUCCAUUCCUUGUAACGACA